AAGAGAUGACCCGUAGGACGGAAGCGCUUGCGUCGGCACGGAGAAAACAAGCCGAAUAAAGAAACUUGGACUGUGUGGCUCUGUCGGCACAGGUCAGUUUCUGGUGCCUUCGGGAGCUUCUGUGGGGAACAGGAGAUGACGAUCCUCACCGUCACACCUCGACCUCACACUGACUGUUGAACAUUUUGAAACCAGAACUCUUCGGCCGAAUCCAUGCUCUCUGAUGAACUGGACUCCAAGCCCGAGCUGUUGGUUGAGUUUGUCCAGAACGCCUCGAUCCCGCUGGGGCAGGGUUUGGAGGAGUCCGACCCCAAAGAGACCUGUCUACCUCUCCUUCCUGCUGCUGAGAGCUCCUUAUGUAGCCACCUCCAGCUGACUGAGGGCAGCCUGAGCCAUGCAGCGUCCCCUUCCCUGUCCGAGUAUGAAGGCGAUCCAGAGCCCCUGGUUGUACAACUGCAGCCCCAUCGGGCUGUUGCCCUCUCGCCCAGCCCCAGCCCACCACCUAUCCUGCAAGACCUGCAGCACCCUGACAGCACCUCCUUCAUCCUCCUCAAUUUAGCCAAAGGGCUGGCAGCUUCCACAGAGCCGCUGGUGUUCAUUCAGGAUGAAGCAGAGCAGGAGGUUGCUGCGGGUGACGGCACUGAUGGCACUGCACCCUGGUACCUGAGGGUCCAGGAAUUAGCCCAUGACAGCCUGAUCGCUGCCACACGGGCCCAGCUGGCCAAGGAUGCCAAGGCUAGCAGCAGCAGUGAUCAUCUUCUCAGCUAUACAUCUGAAGGACCAAAGAAAGAGGCUCAACCCUCAAAUGAGCGAGCUGCCACAGAGAAGACUCUCCGGUGUACUUUUGAGGGCUGUAGGCGCACUUUCACUUGGCCAGCACACCUUAAGUACCAUCUAAAAACCCACAAGAACGACCGGACUUUCCGCUGUUGCGCUGAAGGCUGCGGCAAGAGCUUCUAUGUGCUGCAACGUCUGCAGGUGCACAUGCGCACACACAAUGGGGAGAAGCCCUUUGUGUGCCCAGAGCAGGGCUGUGGCAAGAGGUUCACCACUGCUGGCAACUUGAAGAACCACAAGCGCACGCACACAGGGGAGAAGCCUUUUGUCUGUGAAGCAGAUGGCUGCGGGCGCUCUUUCACCGAGUACUCCAGCCUACGCAAGCACACGCUAGUUCAUUCAGGUGAGAAGCCCCACCAGUGCAGCAUCUGUGGAAAAACCUUCUCUCAGAGCGGCAGCAGGAAUGUACACAUCAGGAAGAGGCACAGUGAAGCUGCUGCCAAUGCAGAAAGCAGCAAAGAUGCUGGGGAAGCACUGACACACAGCAGCUUGCUUGAGGAUCGCGGAGUGACAGGUGACAGCAUGGUCACCAUGACAUCUUCGAUGGAGCCCAUGAGCCUUCAUCAGACGAUGCUGAGAGUACAAGGAGAUUCCCUUGUUGAAAGUAACCCUUCUGCCUCUGUAGUGGUCCUGUCUCAACCUCAUGACCUGGUCACCAUGACAACAGAAGGACAUGGUUAUGGAGAAGAGGUUGUGGCUCUUUUACAGUAACCUUGUAUGUUGGAAUUAAAGUAUUAAUCAUGAGAAACACACCCCAUGACAAUUCUUCUGGAUGUGACAGCCACUGAGAAACUGAAAGCGUGUUAGAUUUUUCAAAUAAUUUUGUCAAAUUGCUCACAAUAGAAAGCGCUGUAGGAGUAAAACUGAAGUGGAUGUACAGUAUGGAACUGGAGCUUAAUGUUUCUCUCUGGAUGGUUAUUGGAGUUACAAAACUGCUUACUUCACUGACUGUAAAAGUAAACACCCAGAUGUUGGCUUAAGAACCUUGGAAAUGUAAACUCUGAAAGCUGGUCAGCAUCAGGAGUAAUAAUGAUUUAUUUACACUUGAACUGUUACAUUGAGCUGAAGAAAGACUUAAUAUAACCAUCCUCAGGGCCAUCUGUUCACAGCUAAGGAAAAGAAAAUCAUUUAGUUUCCAUGUGAAAUCUGUUUACAGGUUCUGUCUUCUUCCUGCUUCCCUCAGAUAGUCUGUAGUUGGCAUAAUGCAGAAUGAGUUCACAUUGUUCAUACUUAUAAAAGUAAGGUGAAGUAAUGUACCACAGCUGUUUGUAAGGUAACUAGGCAAGCAAAGUAGAUGCUCCCAACAACAAAGCUGUCCUAAAUAGCAAAUAAUUUAAAAAGGAUAAAGACAAAUAUAAAUGUGAAAUAAAUAUGUACUGAUGUUCUUGCCUAUUCUUGUCUCAUGUCCAGCCAUGAAUAUACUUGUGUU